GCUAUGAGGCGCUACAGCGGCGCGAAACGAAAGCGGAGAGGUGCGGGAGAAUGGCGCUCCAGAGCAAAAAGAGGAGAAUAAGUCACAUUUUAACAAACUCUCAGCUUCCCAACAGCCAGAACCUGCUGCUGCCCUGCAGCUCGCAGAAUGGCAGCUUCGCCCAGGAGAACGGGCAGAGCGGCCCCUGCGUGGAGGGAUCCAUUCGCCGCAUCACCAUGCAAAACUUCCUCACAUAUGAUCACUCAGAGGUUUACCCUGGACCCAACUUAAAUAUGAUAGUGGGAGCCAAUGGCACUGGCAAGUCGAGUAUUGUCUGUGCCAUUUGUCUUGGACUGGCAGGGAAGACUGCUAUCCUGGGCAGAGGGGAUAAGGUCAGCUUGUAUGUUAAGAGAGGCUGUCAUAAAGGAUCUGUGGAAAUUGAACUGUACAGGAAAGAGGGAAACUUGGUGAUUAACAGGGAGAUCCAUGUAGAAAAUAAUCAGAGCGUGUGGAUGAUGAACGGUAAACACUCCAGUCAGAAGGCUGUGGAAGAAGCAGUCAAGGAGCUCCAGAUUCAGGUCGGAAACCUCUGUCAGUUUCUGCCUCAGGAGAAAGUUGGUGAAUUCGCUAAAAUGAGUAAGAUUGAGCUUCUUGAAGCCACCGAAAAAUCUGUUGGACCACCAGAGAUGUACAACUUCCACUGUGAGCUGAAGACCUGUCGCACCAAAGAGAGGGACCUGGAGAAUUUGUGUAAAGAGAAGGCCAACUUUCUAGAGAAAGCAAAGCAGAGGAACGAGCGCAAUAAGGUGGAUGUGGAACGGUACCACAUGAAGAGGAGACAUCUGGAUAUGAUCCAGAUGUUGGAGAAAAAGAAGCCUUGGGUGGAGUACGAGACAGCUCGUAAAGAACUGGAAGAAGUUAAAAAGCAGAGGGAAGAAAUGAAAAAGACGGCAAAGUCACUAAAGGAAACUCAAGCUCCCCUUCUGAAAAAGAUCCAGGCUAUGGAAAGCAAGCUACAGCCUAUUGAGAAUCAGAUGAAGGAGAAGACUGUUAAAAUCAGAGAGGCGUCACAGAGAUGCAAACACAAGCAAGACCAGCUGGACCGGAAACAUAAGGAGAUUGAUGACAUCAAGCAGGCCCUUAGUCUGAAGCAGACUGAGGAAACUGAUCGGCAGAAGCGAAUCGGGAACACGCAACGAAUGAUCCAAGACCUGCAGAGGGAGCUGGAUAACAUGGGCAGCCAAGAGGAUGUCACACCAAAGAUUGAAAAAGUCAACGCUGAUCUCAGGACCAUCUUGGAGGAGAAGGCCAGGCUGGAUGGAGAGCAGCAGGAUCUGCGCAGGGAUAAAGACGAGGGCUUCGGGGAGCUGAGACGUCUACAGAUUCGUCUGAGGGGUCUAGAGGACAUGAUGAACAGAAAGGAGGAAAUGUUGCGCAACCGCUUCCGGGACACCUACCAGGCCUUACAGUGGUUGAGGAAGAACCGCAAUCUUUUCGAGGGAAAUGUCUACGAGCCCAUGAUGCUGGUGAUCAAUGUUCGAGAUCCAAAAUUUGCAAAAUACAUUGAGAGCCACGUUCCCGUCAAUGACCUGAGAGCCUUCGUCUUCCAGAAGCAGCGGGAUAUGGAGAAGUUCAUGUCAGAGGUUAGAGAUAAUCAAAAGCUGAGAGUUAACAGCGUUAUUGCACCUUUGGAAUCCUGUGCUAAUCGGCCACCAUCACGACCCCUCGAAUCUCUCAAGCGCUUUGGAUUCAUCUCCUACCUCCGAGAGCUGUUUGAUGCACCUGAUGAGGUCAUGAGUUACCUGGUUCAUCAGUACAGAGUCAAUGAUGUUCCUGUGGGCACUGAAAAGACCAAGAGCAUGAUCGAGACGGUGAUAAAAGAAUCUCAGCUGAGGAUGAUCUACACUGCAGAGGAGAAAUACACAGUGAAGAAAUCCGCCUACUCCAACAAGACCAUCUCCAGUAACUCCGCCCUGCGCCCCUCUCAGUUCCUCAGCAUGGCCAUCGACUCUGAGGAGAAACGGCAGCUAGAAGAACAGCUGAGCGCGGCUCAGCAGAAGGUGGAGGACGUUGAUGCUCGGAUGAAAUCCAUUCAGGAGCAGCAGGGAAAACUGGACCGGCGGGACAACGAACUCCGCACUGAGAAGAAGCGUCUCUCGGAGAUAAAAGGCAAGAAGAGACAACUGGAGCAGAAAAUCAGCACAAAACAGGACAGCCUGAGGCAGAUGGAGCAGAGCGGGAUCAACCUUCAGGAAGCUGAGGAGGAGGCUAAGGCCAAAAUCUCUGACGUAAAUGACCAGAAGGUGGCCAUUGUGGAGGAGAUCUUGAAUUUCAUGAAGCUGAGAGCCAAGCUGAGCAUGGAGAAAGUUUACCUGGCUCUGGAGUCAGCAGGUCUGGCGGCUGAGAAAACUCAACUGGAGUCAGAUCUCAGGGAGGGGUCGGCAGAACUCAGGAGAGCCGAGCAAGAGUUUGCUCAGCUGGACCAGAGGAAGACGAGUCUGUUGGGGACGUGUAAGAGCUUAAUGAGGAGAGCCAGUGAGAUUUGCAACAUGAACCCAGGAGAAACUGUAGUACCAGAGAUUCUGCGCACGGCUUUCAGCGAGCUGCCGGACACUCUGGAUGAGAUUGACGCCAUGUUAAACGAAGAGCGAGCCAGAGCAGAGUGCUUCACUGGCCUUAAUGAAGCAGUGGUGGAGGAAUACAGUAAGAGAGAGAAGGAAAUAAAGAACAUGGAGAAGGAGCUGGAGGAAAAGACGAAGGCUCUGAACGAAUACAGACAAAACAUCUCAGAGGCUAAGGAACGCUGGCUGAAUCCCUUGAAGCUGUUGGUGGAGCAGAUUAAUGAAAAGUUCAGUGAUUUCUUCCGCUCCAUGAACUGCGCUGGGGAGGUGGACCUGCACUCUGAAAAUGAGGAGGAGUAUGAUAAGUACGGGAUCCGGAUCCGGGUGAAGUUCCGCAGCAACACUCAGCUACACGAGCUGACCCCGCACCAUCAGAGCGGCGGAGAGCGCAGCGUCUCCACCAUGCUCUACCUCAUGGCCCUGCAGGAGCUCAACCGCUGCCCCUUCAGAGUCGUCGAUGAGAUCAACCAGGGUAUGGAUCCGGUGAAUGAGAGGAGGGUAUUUGAUAUCGUGGUGAAGACGGCCUGUGGUGGAAACACAUCUCAGUAUUUCUUCAUCACACCUAAGCUUCUACAGAAUCUGACGUAUGCAGAGGAGAUGACCGUCCUGUGCGUACACAACGGCCCCCACAUGCUCCCCCCAAACAAGUGGAACGACAGGGCUUUUCUCAGGCGAGUCAAACGGAGGACCAACCAAUAAAUCAAUAUAUCAAAUUCUCAAGUUCUUAACAUUUUAACUAAUCACAUAUCUCCUGCUACUAUUCCUAUAUCACACCUCAAUACUACACCAAGUGCCUGUUCUAUCUGUUCUCUUCUUUUAGUUUUAACAAGUCGUUCGUUGUUAUUUAUAAUUGUUAUGGUACAUGUUUGCACAUUUGUAAAUUAAGAGUUUGAAGAAAGGUUAAUCUGGCUGUUAAUAAAGUCCAUAUUUGAUAAAAAA